AUGGCGAAUACCGCCGAAUAUUUUGGUUUUGAGAUGCUCAAUAAAUUGGUAGAUAAUCAGCUAACUAAAAAGGAAGAUGUGCUGAUUCUGUUUACUCAUUGGUUUUUUAUAAAAACUGGAUUCAAAUGCAUUGGACUUGGUGAUGAGAAAACAGUUGAACCGAACACAGAAGGUCAUGAAUUUUUGCCUGAAGGAUGGAAUCACAAAGAUUUUUAUGCACUGAGAUAUUUAAAGGAAGGUCAAUUAUAUAUCUUGCUGGGAAGAAAAUCUGAUAAUAAUUUACUGCUUAAUUUAUUGAGAGUAGAUGAUAAUGGAGUAUCAAACGUUAAAUUCCAAACAGAGACAGUAGUGAACAGCAUCCACGGAGGACUGUCAACUCUGAUACCGACAUAUCAAGAGGUAAUGAAUAAAAUCCGUGAGGAUCUUGUUGAGCCUGUCUACACAGGAACUGCCAGAGAGAUGUCCACCCAGACAUCUCAGAGCGAAGGUCGCAGACCCUCUAAUCCUGACAACGAUCCACUGAGGGUAGGACCUCCUCAUAUUCCUCAACGACCACCACGUUGGGAUCCUGCGACAGAUCCGCGGGCGGUAGGUCGUGCUGAUUUAAAUCCUUUUGCUGGUGUUGGUCCUCGUGGUGGUGGCAUGCUCUUCGACCCGUUUCAACCAGAUCGGAAUUUACCCAAUCCAAGAUUUCCCGGUCGUCCUGGAGGGAUUGGUGGUCCUGCUUUUUUACCACCAUUUGACCCAUUUGGACCACCAGACAAUAACUUACCACGUCCACCACGUGGAAAUCCUGAUCAUGACCAUCUUCCACCUCCUGGAUACGAUGAUAUGUUUAUGUAA